GCCAGAACUUUAGAUGGUGUUGCAAGGCAGUGUUCGGCGGCAGCACGUGACAUCCUUCGAUGAAAGUGGAUGGAGUGGACUGAUGUCAGGGCUUGCAUGAGCGGGCCUGAUCAGUCGCCGCAUUCUCUUCUCAGGUCAUCGCCCAUCAAACCGCACGUCCUUGCACUUUCGUCGUCAUCUCCCUACUCACACUGGCAUCCGGGCAUGAGAUGAAACGUGAGGAUAUUCUCGCAAAGGAGUGUGGGAAAUGCUUGCCCGAGCAAUCUUCAUUCACUCACUCACUCAUUCAGAAAAUUCCAGACUUCAACCUCGCAACUCAGCCCUCGCCCCGAUCUCCCGCCCCUUCCUCUUCUCCCCCAUCACCACCACCACCACUCCUCCUCCUCCUCCCCGCACUCCCAUCCAAAACAAACGGCCCCGCAUCAUUCCGCGGCGUCAUGGGCCCCAAAUCCCCCAACCCGCCCAUCGCCGCCGCAAAAGCCGCAUGACUCGUCGGUGUCGUGCUGCGCGCCGCGUCCAUCAGUAACCCCGCGUCCCCUUCUCCGCCCAUAUCCACGUCGUUUCCCCGGGCGACGAUAUUGACCGGUUGGGAGGAGCCGAUCCGGAGCGAGUCCGGUAGCGGCAGGCUGGUUUGGGGAGUGAAGAGGGUGCGGCGAUGGUCCGUCGGAUUCGUCAGGCUUGUGAGGGGUUGCAGCGAGGUGCGGUCGAGGAGGUCGGCGAGUUCUUGGUCGGUGAUGUUGCCACUUCUGUCGUGACGCUGGGGGACUCCUCGUUCGUCAGUUGCGUUGCCGGCUGUUUGCGUACCGUCCGUGUCUUCUCUUCUCCCUUCGUUCCGUUGCCGCUCCUGCUCCGACCGCGCACCCUCUCCUACUAUUUCCGCCCCCGCCUCCACGUCUCCCC